AUGGCCAACGGCCCUCAUCCGUCGUCGUCGCGAAUCUCGACCGCUCGCCGCGGGGGCGUCGCAGAACGCGCGUCCGCGUCCGGCGACGUCGAGCCGCCGCCGUCCUCCGCGGCCGCGGCCGCCGCGGACGAGGCGUACGCGACGCGGAGAAACGUUCUCAACCUCGGCUUCCUCGCGCUGUCGCUCCCGCUGUGGAAGGACAUCUUGCACGAUCUCGGAUACCUCCACGGCCCGGAAGACGUGCCUGCGCCGACGCCGCCCAUCCCGCCGGGGAGCGGCUACCGCGUCGCGAUCUUCGCGGGCGGGUGCUUCUGGUGCAUGGAGAAGCCGUUCGAUAUCCUCCCGGGCGUGAUCGCGACCACGAGCGGGUACACCGGCGGCGUCGAGGCGAACCCGCGGUACCACGACGUCGGCGGAGGGAAGACGGGGCACCGCGAGUCAGGCGCACACACCGCGACGCCUUUCAACUCCCAUCUGACGCCUUUCGACUCCACCCCAGUGCGCGUGCUGUACGACCCCGCUGUCGUGUCGUACGAUCGGCUCUUGGAGACGUAUUGGCGCCAGAUCGACCCGACGCGCGAGGACGGGAUGUUCUUAGACUCCGGGUUCCAGUACACGAGCGCCAUCUUCGUGGACGGGGAAGAGCAGAGGGAGAAGGCGGAGGCGAGCGUGAGGGCGCUGGAGGCGGCGCGAAGGUUCCCGGGGCCGAUCAAGGCGCGUCCGCGUCUGCGUCGACGAUCACACUGGGUCCCUCGCUUUCAAUCCCCGCCCUCGACGCCUUUCAACUCCGCUUCUGACGCCUUUCAACUUCACCCCGACGUCGCGACGCUCCAGACCGCGAUCGUCGACGCGGCUACGUUUUGGCCCGCGGAGGUGUACCACCAGGACUACUACAAACUGAACGCCGCGCGGUACGGGUUCUACAGAGGGUUGAGCGGGCGGGACGAGUUCGUGCAGAGCGUGUGGGGGCCGGAGGCGGUGUACGGCGGCGGAUAA